AUGCACCGGCCAGUGGGGCCGCCUGAAGCCGACAGCGACCCCGCGGGCGAGCGGGGGGAGGGCCCGGAGGAGAAGGAGAGGGCGAGCGGGAUUGAGAUGCCGGGACGCGGGGGAGCGGCGGGGCAUGAUGCGCCAUCGCCAUCGCAAGAUUCGGCGGCCGUCGGGCAGGUCCAGGUGCAGGCCCUGCCGCUGUUCAAGCAGAAUUUUCUGGCGUCGAGGGGCGCGAGGGCGGUGAGCUACCGGGACCCGGAGAUCGGCGGCGGAGAGGGAAGGGGGGUGCCGCCGCGGCUGCCGGGCAUCCCGAGCAGAUCGCGGGAUGGCGGGCAGCGGCAGGAGUCGCUGCUGCCACUGGAGCUCAGCUCAGUGUCCCGGAGGCUGGAUGGUCCACCCACGGAGACCGAGGCGCGGCGGCGGCGGCUGAAGCACUACGAGCUGCAGUGCACACACACGUUCGAGCACAUGCACAUCGGCGGCCACAUGGUGGCCAAGAGCAGGGAGAUCCUGCGGGGGGCGGGCAUCACGCACGUGAUCAACUGCGUGCGGUUCGAGUACGAUAACUACUUCCAGGACGAGAUGAAGUACCUGGGGCUGUACCUGCAAGAUUGGGGCCAAGAGGAUAUCUACUGUGUGUUCUACGAUGCCUUCGACUUUAUUGAGGCCGCACGGGAGGGAGGAGGAAAGGUGUUCAUUCACUGUUCCCAGGGAGUAUCGCGGAGUGCUGCAAUCACGAUCGCUUACAUAAUGUGGCGAACUGACAGGCACGUGGAGGUGGUGCUGGACCAGAUGAAGCAAGUGAGAGCAGUGGUGGAGCCAAACAUCGGGUUCUAUUUUCAGCUUAUUGCAUGGGACAAGAGGCGAAAGACGAUAAUGGACAAGUGUAACAUAUACAGGGCAGCGCCAUUGUCGAAGUUGAUGUCAAGUAUUGUGGUUGCCAAAAACAUUCCCAAGACAGGCGAUCCGAACGAGCAACACUGCCUGGACCCCCGUGGUGCGUUCAUUGUGCACUGCCCACAGCGGCUCUACGUCUGGAUCGGCGACCAGUGCCCAGAGGCCUUCCUGAGGGCCGCCAGGAAGUUCGCGCUGCAGUUGGGCAAAUACGAGAAUGCGCCAAAGGCGACUGAAGUCCGACAAGGCGAGGAGGACAGCGAGCUCGCAUCCGCACUCGGUUUCCCACCGAACGACGCUUCAGGGCUGGUUCGGCAGCGUGACGAGUUCACACCGGAGUUUGAGCGCUACCACAGGGCGCUAGCUCCCAAGCUGGCGUCCGGCGACGAGCCCCCGUUGCCGCCGAUGGCCGGCGUGCGGCGCAACAUUGGCAGGCGGGCACAGUCGGACGUGCUCAGCCUGCUGGGAGAGGAUCGGCACGGCCGGCAGCCCCCUCCUGGUCCCAGCGUGUUUGGCGUGCCACCGUGA